CCGAAUUUCGAGGAUCUUCCCAACGAUUGUCUAGCCCUCAUUAUCUCUUUAACCAGUCCACUCGAUGCCUGUAGAUCGUCGCUGGUUUCCAAAGCUUUCAACUCUGCCGCCGGUUCCGACGCCCUUUGGGUUAAGUUCCUGCCGGCCGACUAUCAGAAUUUGGUUUCCUGAGGUUGCGGAGCUUCUUGAUGUCUGUUGGUUCGAAAUCACUGGGAGGAUUGAUAGUUGCAAUCUUUCCCCGAUGACACGUUAUCAUGCUUUCCUAGUGUUCAAAUUGGCAGCCUAUGCUAAAGGAUUUGAGAAUAAACCCAUAGAUGCUUCUUUUCGACUUGGUGGAAUUCAAGUUUCAAAGCAAAUUGUGUAUGUUGAUGUAGAUGGUGGACGUGUAGCACAAAAUGGUGAGCAGUACCCAAAAGAGAGAGGAGAUGGUUGGGUUGAGGUAGAGUUGGGUGAAUUCUUCAAUGGAGGUGGAGAACUUGAAGAAUUGGAAAUACAUAUUUUGUCGUAUGAUAGGAGAAAAAUAACGAUUGCAAAGCACUAAGUUUUAUAAAGACGUCAGCUCUGUUACUAAUGAAAUUAUUAAUUUUGAUGCGAUAUAAUCUUUGCUAUAAAUAAAUUUCAUUUAUAAUU